CUGUCUGUCUGUCUGUCUGUCUGUCUGUCUGUCUGUCUGUCUGUCUGUCUGUCUGUCUGUCUGUCUGUCUGUCUGUCUGUCUGUCUGUCUGUCUGUCUCUCUCUCUCUAUCUCUGCCUGCCUGCCUUUGUUUUACUGCCUCCCCUCCACCAAUAGGAAUUGUCCGUUCUCCUGCCGCACAUGACCUUUGAACUGGUUUUCAUAGGGGAGGGACUUCCCCCUGAAAGUGAUGAGGAGCAGCUCUUUCUGCAGAAGAAGAACGGCCGUGUCCACCUGGUUAACCCCAGCUUCACCCCGGAUGAGAAGUUGGACAGGAGGAGUAUCCGGGUCAAAGGUUACCGCAGGGCCUAUCACAUGCUGCAAGGGCCCAAACCUGACCUGGUGAUUGGCUUCAGACCGGCGAUCCUGCAUCAGGAGUCGUGGCUCAGCACACUCCCUAGGCUCCAGUCCCUGAGGGUUCCAGCCUACUUCUGUGAGGUCGGGGAGUUGAGCUGUGUGUGCAGCCAGCAGGUGAUGAGCCAGGCCACCGGGGGCACCCUCUCCCCUGCACACAUCAACCCCUUCCACUGCCCCCUGCGCAUCACUGGAGGAGAUAACAUGCUGCCCUGGUAUUCCAAUGCCUUCAUCUUCCAUCUGAGGUACAAGGCCGUACAUAGUGAGAAACGACCUUCUGUGGCCUACCCCAAAGCCCCGCCUCUGCAGGUAGAGACGGCCAAUCAGGAACCUGACUACCCUGUGAAGAUGAGUCGCAGGGAUAGGAAGCAGGCCGCCCGCAAUAUGCCCCGCAAACGCAAAUGAUGAUAACAACAUGCACACACGUACGCACUCAAACACAAACGUAUACACACUGGCACACACACACACACACUGGCACACACACACACACACACACACACUGGC